AUGCAUUGUGACCACAGCUGGGCGGCCGCGAGAGCGGCCAAAGCAGCAGGGCCUGUGGCUCCAGGAUCGAAGCCAAUACCGACCCCUGUGGCACCGGACUGCCUUGCUGGCCUGUCGUUCGUGUUCACCGGCGAGCUGACCAGUCUAUCUCGCGAUGAGGCCAUCGAACUCGCGAAGCGCAACGGCGGUCGGGUAACGGGCCAGCCCUCGUCGAAAACUUCAUAUGUCGUUGUCGGGUCGGACGCAGGGCCCAGCAAGCUUGCUGCGAUCAAGAAGAACAACUUAAAGACAAUCGACGAGGACGGCUUUCUUGAUCUGAUCGGGACUCGUAAGGAGAAGGAAGCGAUCCGAACUGCUGCAGCGGAGAUGGAGAAGCGGGAGAAGAAGGCGGCGAAAGCGAGCGUGGCCAGCGGGAGCACAGCUAAGAUCUCCGCGCAGGACAAACUCUGGACAGACCGGUAUGCUCCUCAGACAUUGAAGGAAAUCUGCGGAAACAAGGGCCAGGUCGAGAAGCUGCAGCGGUGGCUGCAUGACUGGCCAUCGAGUCUGAAGGCAAACUUCAAGAAGCCUGGAAAGGACGGCAUAAACGUCUACCGAGCAAUUAUGAUCACCGGCUCGCCGGGUAUCGGUAAGACUACGAGUGCGCAUUUGUGUGCUAAACUUGAGGGAUUUACUCCCAUUGAGUUGAACGCAAGUGACGCUCGGAGUAAGAAGCUUGUAGAGAACAGCACAAAUAUUGCAAAUACAUCCCUUGACGGAUGGAUGGGAGGUGGACAGUUGACAAACGCUGCUGGCGUCACUAUCACCGACAAGUCCUGCCUUAUCAUGGAUGAAGUAGAUGGUAUGUCCGCUGGGGACCGAGGAGGUGUAGGUGCUCUAGCUGCUUUGAUUAGGAAGACAAAGAUUCCGAUCCUAUGCAUUGCAAACGACCGAGGCGCUCCAAAACUCAAGCCUUUGACCAUGGUCGCCUUCAACUUGACGUUCAGAAAGCCAGAGGUUGCAUCCGUCCGCUCCAGGAUAUUGUCGAUCGCAUUCAAGGAGAAGAUGAAGAUACCGGCCAAUGUUAUCGACCAGCUCAUUGAGGGCGCACAGUCCGACAUUCGACAGGUGUUGAACAUGCUAUCUACAUGGAGGUUGCAAAACGAUACGAUGGACUUCGAUGAGGGAAAGGCACUUGUCAAGAUGAAUGAGAAGUAUGCGAUCAUGACGCCGUUCAACAUUAUUCAGAAGAUGCUCGGGCCGUACAUGUUUUCCUCAACUUCAAGAGAAACUCUCAAUGAUAAGAUGGAGCUCUACUUCCAUGACCACUCAUUCGUCCCGCUAUUCGUCCAGGAGAAUUACUUGAAGACUCACCCGGCAAGAGUGAAGAACCUGGACGGGCCAGAGAAGGUUCUAAAACACCUGGAACUCAUGGAUAAAGCUGCUGCGUCCAUAUCAGAUGGUGAUCUGGUUGACUCGUUGAUACAUGGACCCGAACAGCACUGGUCGCUGAUGCCAUUGCAUGCUGUCUGCUCGACAGUCCGCCCGGCAUCGUUCCUCUACGGUAUGGGUGCGACAUACGGAGGGCCCAACGCUAUGUCGUUCCCACAGUGGCUCGGGCAGAACUCAAAACAAACCAAACUUACGCGACAACUCACUGAGGUCCAGGCGCGCAUGCGGUUGCACGUCUCUGGAGACAAGGCUGAGAUCCGGCAGUCUUACAUCCCUGCGAUGUUCCCUUACCUCGUGAAACCUCUUGCAGAACAGGGCGCGAGCGCAGUGGACGACAUCGUUGAGCGGAUGGAUGACUAUUUCAUCUCUCGGGAGGAUUGGGACACGAUCGUGGAGCUUGGUGUCGAUCAGAAUAAGGACAGUCUUGUGCUCAAGGAAAUAUCGACAGCUACCAAGACCUCUUUCACUAAGAAGUACAACUCGAGGGAUCAUCCAAUCCCCUUCCACAAGGCCGCAGACCUAGGCAAGGUGCCCAAGAAGCUUGCCGCAGCUGGACCCCUCCCUGAUCUGGAAGAGGCCUUAGAUGUGGAUGAUGACGGGGAGGGUGUUGCCGAGGAGGUCGAAGAGGCUUCCGACGAUGAUGUCUCAAAGGACAAACUCAUCAAGGCACCCAAGAAAGCGGCCGCUAAGUCGGCAACCACGGCCAAGGGGAAAGCUAAGGCCAAGAAGUGA